CUUUGGCGGCCCAUUCAAGCCCAGCCCGAUGCAUGCCCAGAUACAUACGAUGCGCACGUACAGCCCAAGCAAGCCCACUGACAUCAACACCAGCGGCGGAGAGCAAGCAGCUGAGCCAGCCAUGGUCAGCGCGCGUACGUCCUCCUCAGCUUCAGCUGGCGCUUUAUUACCCUCCCCUCCCCUCGUUGCACUCACGCUCGAGGCUCGAGUUUGAGCACCCUUUCCAGUUUGCAGGGACAGGCGCUGCUUGUUGGCAGCGACGACGAUGGCCGGCGGCGACCGUGCCAGCAAUAAGGCUCCUCCGCCGACGACUCCCCCAGCGGGGGCGGACGAGGAGGGCGCCGUGGCGGACAAGGCCCUCCACGCGCUGGGCUUCGAGUUCACCACCAUCAGCGCGCGCGAGGUCGCCGGGCGGCUCCCCGUCACCGCCACCUGCUGCCAGCCGUUCGGGGUGCUGAUCGGCGGCGUGUCGGCGCUGGCGGCGGAGUCCCUGGCGAGCGUGGGCGCGUACAUGGCGUCCGGGGGCCGGAGGGUGGCCGGCGUGCAGCUGUCCAUCAACCACCUCCGCCCCGCCCGCCUCGGCGACCUCGUCCAGGCGCAGGCCAGCCCCGUCCAGCUCGGCCGCACCAUCCAGGUCUGGGAGGUCCAGAUAUGGCGGGCAGAUCCUUCCACGGGAGAACGCAAGGACCUCGUGUCCACAGCAAGAGUUACCAUGCUAGUAGCCAACCCGUCGAGACCUGAGGAGAUGACGAGCCAUGAGGCCAGCAUCAAGAAGCACGCCAAGCUCUAGUUUAGGGCGAGCAUGCAUCUAUCUACGGGAAGUUUAGGGUUUUAUUCAAGAGAAAAUUGAUUCAUGCCACCACAACUCCGUGAAAUUGGAUUUCAUGUUCAAAAUCAUGCCACUCAAUGGCAUAGAUUUCAACAUGAAAUCCAAUUUCAAGAAGUUGGAGUGGCAUGAAUCCAACUGACCCUUUAUUCAAAUGUGCUGCUUCGAUCUUGUGCCGUGGUUGUGUUGUUGUUAAAAAGAAAGGCAAUACUAUUACUAUGACUACGUUUCACCCUGAUUGUAUAUAUGAAUAAGUUGGCAUGAGAGACAUAUGUGUGUUCUUGAGAGAAUUAUUUAUUGGCCUUAAAAAA